AUGUUUCUCUGCGGCGGCUCGACUUUUCGCCGCGAGCACAACACAGAGCAGCAGCAGCAGCAGCAGCAGCAGCAGAGUGGCCUGAAGAAUCAUCCGACCGCUUCGCACCCUAAUCCUCUUGCUCGGCCGAUCCAGCCGCGGCAGCAGCAGCAGCAUUACCACUCGUCGCCCCGCUCCACAGUGCCCCUGUCACCCGCGUACGUGCACCCGCGCAACAGCCACGCGCCGGCGCAGGCUCGGGGGGCUAACCACGGGCUAGCGCAGACCCAGAACGGCCAGCCGCACGCGUCUGCCGCCCCGUCCGGCAUCAACGGCUAUGCGCGCCAUCUCUCCAGCCGCCUCAUGUCCAAGAAGCGCUCAAAGGAGCCCGCCGGCGGCUUCCGCCAGGGCGCAACCGUUGGCUGCGCGGGCAGCGCGCGCGUGUUCGCCGCAGGGGCUGCGCUUGAGCGGAAGUUAUCCGCGGAAGACUCCCGUGUGGCAGGGGAGGCGGAGCAGCAGGGCGCGGGAGGAGGACAGCCGGCGCAAGACUUUAUGUCCGGAGGAGCGACCCGCGCCGGCCCCGGCGGAGGGGAUAAUAAGCUUCCCCGUAAGCCGUCUGCUGCGGCGGCUGCUGCCGCUGUAGCUGCAGCGAAGAUGGCGGCCUCCGCGGCUGCUGCCGCCGCGGCCACUGCCUCCGGCGCAGACAAGGUCCAUCUCAACCCCCCGGUGGGGGCGCACGGGGGCGGGCCGGCGGCGGCAGAGCAGGGAAUAGAAACGCAGGCGCUUCCGCCGCUUCCGCCUGGCUACCGUUUUAAGCCUACGGACGAGGAGCUCGUGGCGCAUUACCUCGUGCCGCGCGCGCGCCUCGCAGACGAUUCCCUUGGCGUGAUACCGUCUAACCCGCCGGUUCAAGCGGGACGGCGGGCAGCCGCCGCUGCUGGUGGGAGGCGCGACGCGGGAAUGCGCGCGGAUGGGGGGAGGCGGGAGCUUCAGGGGGAAGAGAUGCCGCCGCCGCCACAGCAGCAGCAGGAUUGGAUGACGAUGAUUGCAGAUCUGGAUGCCCUGGAUAUGGAGCCGUGGGAGCUUCCUAGUGAGUUUUCCUUGGUGACUCAUCUACGGCCGUUCGAUACUCAUCCGCCACCCUUCCUGCUCUUCCCUUCCUGCUCUUCCCUUCCUGCUCUUCCCUUCCUGCUCUUCCCUUCCUGCUCUUCCCUUCCUGCUCUUCCCUUCCCCGUUCCGCCCUUCCCUUCCUCACCUGCCCCCGCUGCCCCCCUGGUUCCCCCCCUCCUCCCAGUGUCAUGCUGCAUCGGCGACGGCGAGUGGUAUUUCUUCUCCACGCGAAGCCACAAGUACGGGCACUCGCGGCGCACCAACCGCUGCACGGCCAACGGCUACUGGAAGGCCACGGGCAACGACCGCACCAUCCACUGCGACCCCGUCUUUGGCGCCGCCAUUGCCGCGGACGCGAGCAGGGGCAUCGGCGCGGGGAUGGGCGCGGGGAUGGGCGGGGGUGUGGGGAGGCAGUUGUCCCGCGCGUUGCUGGGCAGGCGCGGGGGGGGAGGGUUGUUCGGGGGAUGUUUGGAUGACCCUUCGGUAGCGGAUGAGGAGGGGGAGGGGGAGGACGGGGAAGAGGGGGAGGGGGCGGAUGGGGAUGGGAUCAUGCCGGGCAUGGGCGGUUCGGCUAUGGACAAUGGUCGUUAUCUUGCACCCCACCAGCGUAACAUGUUCGCUGGGCGCGCGCCGAGAGGGAGGAGGACGGAGUGGGUCAUGCAUGAGUAUCGCCUGGAGCAGCGCAGCAGCAGCGGCCGGCGACCUGUGGGUUCGCUCGUGCUGUGCCGUGUGUACAACAAGGGGUCCCACCCAUCCGUCGCCCAGCUGCCUCCCCGUGCCAUGUCCGCUCCUCUUCCUGCUGCUGCCGCUGCCGCUGCUGCUGCUGGCAUGGUUCCUGAUAUGGGCAUGGGCGUGGGUAUGGCUGCUGCUCCUGCUGCUGCUGCUGCUGCUGCCACAACAACCACCGCUCCUGCCGUUGACACGGCGCCGAUUCCACAUGCUUCUGGUAUCCCCACAUGGCUGGAUGAGGAGGAGGAAGAUGAACCAGAGAUCUGGCUGUCACCGUGUGCAGGCAACACUCCUCUCUCCAACAACACACCCCUUUCCGGCACCACACCGCUUUCCAACUGCACGCCCCUUUCCGGGACCUCGCCUCUCUCUGCCGGCGCUGCAGCAGGGGCAGCAGCGGGUGGAGCAGCAGGAGAGCUGGGUGGUAUUGAUAUCGACGACUUCGACCUUGGGCUUGAUUUCGGGGAUUUUCCGGAUUUUCUGAUCGCGCAGGAUGACGCGCCGUGCCAUGCAGACGAGGAGAAUCCCGCUGCUGCUGACGAUGCUGAUGCUGAUGCUGCUGCUGCUGCUGCUGCUGCUGCUGCUGCUGCUGCUGCUGCUGCUGCUGCUGCUGCUGCUGCUGCUGCUGCUGCUGCUGCUGCUGCUGCUGCUGCUGCUGCUGCUGCUGCUGCUGCUCCUUCUGCUGCUGUUUGUGCUGCUGCUGCUAAUGGUAUCAAUGCGGAGAAUGAUAAUACUCUCGCUCUGUCUGCUGCUGCUCCGGCUUCUGCAUCUGCUGCCGUCUCUGCCGCUGCUUCUGCCACGGCCCUUGGUUCUUCUGCUUCUGCUUCUGCUUCUGCUUCUGCUUCUCUUGGUCACCGGGAUGUGUCUGUAAGUGGUGGCACGGGCUUGGUUCCUCUGCACCACCCGCCUGACUGGCUGCUGCCUCAAUCCAUGCAGCCAGGCGGGUAUGCUGAGGAUUCAACCCGCAUGCCACCGCCCAGCUCACAGCUGACUUCAGCUGUUUUUUCUCCCGGUGACACCAGAGAGAAGACUGGAGACCCAUCGGCCGCAUCGCUAUCGGACGCAGCACCAGCAGCUUUAUCAGCAGCACCUGUACCAGCAGCAGCAGCAGCAGCAGCAGCAGCAGCAGCAGCAGCAGCAGGAGGAGGAGCAGCAGGAGGGUCUGCAGCAGGCGAGCAGGGGCAGCACUCUUCCAAUGAUGCGCAUGCGCUCUCGCUCUUUGAAGCGCAGCUGAAAGCCGAGGAUUCGGAGGAGGAGGAGAAGGAGGAGGAGGAGGAGGAGGAGGAGGAGGAGGAGGAGGAGGAGGAGGAGGAGGAGGAGGAGGAGGAGGAGGAGGAGGAGGAGGAGGAGGAGGAGUGA